AUGGUGGACUAUUUUGAUUAUGUUGAAGCAAAAAACCUUAAUUUAGCAGAUUUGAAGCAGAUGGCUGUUAUGUGCGGCUAUAUGAAUGACUCGGAAAUAUUUUGGCAUAAAUUUGGAAAGUUCGAUUCAGGUGAGAUUCUAGGCCACACAAAUUGUACAUUAAAUCAAGAGCAUAUAGAAUGUGGUGACACAUACAAUUCUGAUGAGUUUGAAAAUUCAGAAAAUGAAUUAUCCGGUGACGAUGUCAUCCUUGAAAGACAUGGACAAAAAAAGCAAAGCUUUGAGGAUGGAAGGAAACUUAUUAACGACAAAGUUCUGAGGAAAUUGUCUAAUGAAGAUGGAGAUUCAGAUUGUGUGGACUCUGAAGAUCAGAAGAGUUUGAAUGGUGAUUCUGAUAAUGAGUGCUUUCAUUUUCCAAAGCAUAACCCAAAAACUGAAGCAAAACAUCCUAUAUUAGCAUUAGAAUAUACAUUUGGAAGCUGGGAGGAGUUCAAAAAUGCGGUAUCAAUUCAUGAGGUAAAAGCUGGGAAGAGUAUUAGGUGGAUCAAAAAUGAUGGAAAAAGAGCAAAAGCGAAGUGUAGAAAUUCAGAUUGUAAAUGGGUAAUUAUGGCAUCGGUAAUGCAUAGAGACAAGACAUUUCAGAUUAAAACUUAUGAUUCCAAGCAUACCUGCAAACGUUGGAACCAGCGCAACAAGACAAUAACCUCUUCUUUCAUUGCAAGAAUGUAUCUUGAUGCUAUCAAUCAAAACAGAGAGUGGAAGCUGUCUAACUUUAGAGACACGGUCAGUGUGGGACUUAAAGCUCAUGUUACUUUAGCUCAAGCUAAAAAGGCUAAAAAGAAGGCACUUGCAUUAAUUGAUGGAGAUGUGAAAGAACAAUUUUCCAUCAUGUGGGACUACUGCCUUGAAAUUGGAAGGUCAAAUCUUGGAACUUCAAUGUAUAUGAAGCUAACUCAAAACGAAAUGCCAAACAAACCAUAUAGAUUUCAAAGAAUCUAUGUUUGUUUUGUUGCUUGUAAGGAAGGGUUUAAGGCUGGAUGUAGAAAAAUAUUGGGUGUGGAUGGGUGUUGGUUGAAGGGUCAAAUGUAUGGAUAUCAGUUGUUGACUGCAGUUGGCUUGGAUGCCAAUAAUAAUAUUUUUCUAGUGGCCUAUGCAGUUGUAGAAAAGGAAACUAGGGAGACAUGGUCAUGGUUUUUGACCUACUUAAUUGAUGAUUUGGAGAUUAAUGAUCAAGUUGAUUGGACCUUUAUGUCGGACAAACAAAAAGGUCUCAUUGAAGCGUUUAAUGAAGUUUUGCCAUCCGUGAGUCAUAGAUUUUGCGUGAGACAUCUUCAUAAUAAUUUCAAGAGGGCUGGUUUUAUUGGUUCCUCACUAAAAUGUGCGCUUUGGGCUGCUGCAAGUGCUACAACUGUGGAAUUUUUUAAUGCUCGCAUCAAUGACAUUGUUAAAUUGGAUGCCGAAGCUGCUGUAUGA